AUGGAUUCCGAACCGGUAGACUCGUUCGACAAACUCGAGUUAGAGUUCCCAGAUUUCACAGAGGAAACCGGCGAAAGCGCAACAAACUCGUCCGACCUGGCAAAAGACCCCACGGACUUCUUCUUCGGAGACUCUGUCUCUGUCAGUGGCGAGAGCUGUUGGCGUUUGUCCGUUAGUCGAAACUCAACGGUCCCAUUUGGGUUCACAAAGGAAACAUAUUGGGAGUCGUUGGUGCUGCAAUGUUGGAGAUCCUUUGUGGUUAAGUUCUUGAAAAGCUUGAAAUUCACUGGGAACAAUGUCUCCUUGGUGUUUGGGCACGCAUCACACUGA